AUGCCGGCGAAGUCAAGAACAGCAUCAGAAAGCUGGGACGAAUGCGGCGUAGAAGGAGGUGGAGGAGGAACAAUGAGCUACGAGACCGUUUUGUCGGAUUUCAAGAAGGAGAAUUCUUCAACCAGAAAAGGGGCUCAUUCUGCCGAGGAUCAGAAAUCCGUCACCGGACCCUGCACCAACAACAACAUCACCGUUCUCCACAGUUCCCCCGGCGGCGGAGGAACAACAGCAGAGCUCUACAAAUCAAGCAGAGGACUCAACUUUGCAGGCUUCAAAUCGUCAUCGUCCUGCAACCGUUCCCGCGCAAAAGCAGACUUCGAAGCUCAGAAUCGAAAGAGCAAGAUUCAUUCCAACAUUGUAGUUCCAUUGACGGAUUCCCACGCUUCCGUCCAGUCUCAGCCGAGGAGCAAAGGAAUGAUGUCGUGGCUGUUUCCGAGGCUGAGGAAGAAGCACACCAAGAACGCAGCUACAACUUCGCCGGUGAGAACAGAGUCCGAGGAGGCCUCGCAGGCAUUCGGGGAACUGGGUAUGCUGUCGAUCGAGAAUCUGAGGAGGGAAUUGAGGGAAUCGAAUGAAACCAGGGACGCAGCACUGACAGAAGUUGCGGAGACGAGAGCUUCGUUAGGCCCUUUGAGGCAAAAGAUCGAACACCUGGAGGGCUACUGCGAGGAGCUGAAGGCGGCUCUGAAAUCCGCCUCGAGAUCCAAAGGGCGAGCCAAAUCAAUCGAUGGGUACGCAGAAAACAACAACAACAGCUCGAAUCAUCAUCCAUCCAUUCUCCCCGUGACCGACGAAGCAAUGGUGGAAGGGUUCCUCCAAAUGGUGGCCGAAUCCAGACUGUCAGUGAAACAAUUCUGCAAAUCCCUAAUCUCCCAAAUCGAAGACGCCGCCGAUUCCCCACUCAUCGAAACCAUCCUCUCCCUCAAUUCCAACCAUCCCAAGACGAUCCUCCACCACCUGGAAUCCAUAAUCAACGACACGAUGCACCAGGACUUCGAGAACUCGGCCUUCCAGAAGAACGGCGCGCCGAAGCACUUGGACCCGCAGCAGGAUCGGCAGGCCCAGUUCCAAUCCUUCGUCUCGCUGCGGAACCUGAGUUGGAACGAAGUUCUGAGAAAAGGGACGAAGUAUUACAGCGAGGAGUUCAGCAAGUUCUGCGACCAGAGGAUGAGCUGCAUCAUCGCGGCGCUGAAUUGGACGCGGCCGUGGCCGGAGCAGCUGCUGCAGGCGUUCUUCGUGGCGGCGAAGUGCGUGUGGCUGCUUCAUCUGCUGGCGUUCUCGUUCGAUCCGGCGGCGGCAAUCGGGAUCUUGAGGGUGGAGGAGGAAAGGGGGUUUGAUCCUAGGUACAUGGAAGAUGUUUCGAGGGAAAGGGCGGGAAAUGGUGGUGGUUCCUCGAGCAAGGUGGUUAAGGUUAUGGUGAUGCCUGGGUAUUAUGUUCAAGGGAGGGUUUUGAGGUGUAAGGUUUUGUGUAGGUACAAGGGUUCUUAUGGUCACUCUGGUGGUGGUGGUGGUGGUGUUAACGUUUCUAGUUGA